CAGCACCUUCCCUCAAGGCCUCGAACAACACAAAUUUUCCUCCCCCACCGAGACUUUUCUCGCCUUCAAACCACCCGCUCAUCCUCGUCCUGAGCAGAUUCACCACUCAGCACUUCGUUUUACCGUUCAAAUAAUUUCACUUUACUCUUUCUUCAGUCAUAAUGGCCGCCGUUGCAGAGAACGCUCCCCUACCGGUGACGAACGAGAACACGGCUCCCCCCGCGGUAGCCGCCGAGGAGAAGACCGAGAAGGCAAAUGGCGAUGCUGUCACCGUAUUCCACGACCCAGAGAACUUCAAUGUGAAGCACCCUCUGAUGCACGAAUGGACUCUCUGGUUUACGAAGCCCCCUAGUGGCAAGGGCGAUAACUGGAACGAUCUUCUGAAGGAAGUUGUUACCUUCAACUCUGUUGAGGAAUUCUGGGGUAUCUACAAUAACAUCACUCCGACAUCUGAACUCGGCCUCAAGGCAGACUAUCACCUCUUCAAGAAGGGCGUUCGACCGGAGUGGGAAGACCCCCAAAACAAGCACGGCGGCAAGUGGUCAUUUUCGUUCAAGGAUAAGCGGUCAGUCCCCAUCGAUGACCUGUGGCUGCACGCACAGCUGGCGGCAAUCGGCGAAACCCUCGAAAACGAUGGUGACCAGGAAGUUAUGGGAGUUGUCGUGAACGUACGUAAGGGAUUCUACCGUGUUGGUCUUUGGACACGGACCGUCGGCAAGAGCAUCCCCGGCGACAAGAACGGACGCACACCCGCUCAAGGCAAGGAAGUGCUCGAAUCUAUUGGUCGACGGUUCAAGGAAGUCCUCCGAGUUGGUUCAAAUGACAGUGUCGAGUUCUCAGGACACACGGAUAGCGCCCACAGUGGCAGCACAAGGGCCAAGGCCAAGUACACUGUUUAAAGCCGUAGGGCUAGGCAGUGCUUUCAUGACGAUUCAUGAGUUCUGAAUUCGUUUCAAAAUUGAAAUGACGGAGCAUUCCACGGUCACGGGGAUUGGCGGGUAGAGGAUUGCACCACGAGGAUGAAU